GGGAAGGAGGAAGGAACGGUGUUAAUUAGGGCUUCAGAGUCGGGUCGCCCCUCCUCUCUCCCUCCGGUCGAUCGAUGAACAGAUUGGCAGACGCGGGAAGAUGUCUCUCUUUCGGCCCCCUCCCCCACCCUCUCCAAACCCCCUCUCGUAUCGUCUCAAUUCAUCGCUUCUCUGACCAUACGAGACUCCGAUAGGGUUUGAUUGUCCCUGGACUGAAGCGAGGUCAAGCUCGUAUCUAUUCUCGAUCCCCCUUCUUCCUUCUUUUGCAAUUGAUGCCGAUGGAUGCGGCAGUGCUGGAUGACAUCAUACGGCGGCUUUUGGAGGUCAAGGGCGGUCGGACUGUCAAGAACGCGCAGCUGACGGACGCAGAUAUCCGGCAGCUCUGUGGUGCGUCGAAGGAGAUCUUUGUCAGCCAGCCCAAUCUGCUGGAGCUUGAGGCGCCCAUCAAGAUAUGCGGAGAUAUUCAUGGCCAAUAUACUGAUCUUCUACGGCUUUUUGAAUAUGGUGGGUACCCACCUGAAGCAAAUUAUUUGUUCCUUGGGGAUUAUGUUGAUCGUGGUAAGCAGAGCAUAGAAACCAUAUGUCUACUCCUUGCAUACAAGAUUAAGUACCCAGAGAACUUCUUCCUUCUAAGGGGUAAUCAUGAAUGUGCUUCGAUUAAUCGUAUAUAUGGGUUUUAUGAUGAGUGCAAGAGAAGAUAUAAUGUUCGUUUGUGGAAAGUUUUUACGGAUUGUUUCAACUGCCUUCCGGUUGCUGCACUUGUUGAUGACAAAAUAUUAUGUAUGCAUGGGGGUCUAUCUCCUGAAUUAAAUAGUUUGGACCAGAUCCGAAAUAUUGCUCGUCCAAUAGAUGUUCCAGACCAAGGUCUUCUUUGUGAUUUGUUAUGGUCAGACCCUGACAAAGAUAUUGAGGGAUGGGGAGAAAACGAUAGAGGCGUCUCUUAUACUUUUGGGCCUGACAUAGUAGCUGAGUUUCUUCAGAAGCAUGAUCUAGAUCUCGUCUGUCGAGCUCACCAGGUUGUGGAAGAUGGUUAUGAAUUUUUUGCAAAGCGGCAGCUGGUGACGAUAUUCUCUGCCCCAAACUAUUGUGGGGAAUUCGAUAAUGCUGGUGCUAUGAUGAGCGUAGAUGACACUCUGACAUGUUCAUUUCAAAUUCUUAAACCAGCCGACAAGAAAAAGGGGUUUGGGAAUAAUCUGUUAAAACCAGGAACACCUCCCAGAAAGGGAGGGAAAGGUUGAGAUAUGAGGUCAUUCAACGUGGGUUCUACGUUUGGGAUCCCCAGAAGCUUUGCCGGAGGAGACGACUGCGUGCCACUCGUGGAGGUGGGAAUUGGAUGACAGAAUCUGAUACAUUUUAUGAUUGUUAUGACUUGCCCGAGUGCUAAACGUGUAAAGUUAUUUGUUUGUGUUAGCACAUGUGCUUUUUACUACUGUUGUUACGACUCAUCAACAUGCCAAUCAUCAGCAUCUGAUGUUGAAUUCUCCA